AUGGGAAUAUAUGAGAUGAAGCGAUCAAAAAUUCGAGUGUCAAUCUCGGAACAGAAGGCACAAGAAUUUUAUGAGCAUAUACAAUUUAUUAUUCCUGAUAUUAUACCAUCAAUUUUCGGUUUUAAUGCUGACACAUAUAGAGCUAUACAUUGCAGCAUUUUAGCUCCGUUGGUUGAAAUAAGCUUUGACGACAUCAGGCCAUCUGAAGAAUUAACCCAAUCGGUAGAAAACGCUUUGCAAAGCAUGAAUCCUUAUUUUUCAUUGAGCAAAGUUUUUGAAAAAUUUGGGCACUUGAUUCCUUGCAAAAUAAUUAUCGGAAAGAAACUGACACGUAAUUGCCAAGAAUUCUCAUCGGUUCCAUAUAGAAACGCUAAUCAUUUUAUAAAGACUGCCCACAAAAAUGAUGGCGAGUUCCGUAGUAUUUUAAAUAAAUGGAAAAAUAUUGUAUCGUUAUAUGGAUUUGAUUCAACCUACCUAAUAGGAAAUGAGGGAUGUGUUAAAAUCGAGCAAAUAGAAAAAUGGAUGGCGAAGGAUGAUUUGCAACUUGAAAUCGUCGAGUAUUCGGAUCUGAAGCCAACUUAUGAAAUUCUCGAUCCUUUAAUGUACAAGAAUACCAAAAAAUGUUUUGCAGAAGAAAACCAGGUCUUAAUGACUGGUUAUAUUAAAAUUGAUGACAUAAAUAUUAGUGAUUAUGAAGUCGAAUUCGACGCACCAUUACAAAGUAACAACUAUAAGGUUUUCGGAUUCAUUACAAAUAGUAAUUUAGAGAACUUGAAAAAUUUAAUUGUUCAAUUUAAGUCUUUUACAAAAUAUGGAUUUAAGGCAACACUUAAAAGGUUGGAUAAUGAAAAUAUACUUGAUUAUAAUAUUUCCUGGAUAAUGAUGGGGAUCCCUAAAGUGGUCGGAUUUUAUAGCAUCAAUACUCGAGACCUUGACUUAUCGGGCGAGCAAGAAGUGAAAAUUGAUUUUUUCCCUGACGAGAAAGAAUAUUAUGUCAAGCUAUCUUGCCCAUCUAAUUUUUCAAUCUGCUUCUUAAGUACUUUAAUUGAAUUUCCACAAAAUGAAGAUGCUCCUUUAAUGGAAAUUAAUUACUUUGAUAGAUCGAGAGUGGAUUAUUCCGGAUAUCGAAAUGGUUUCGAAUAA